AUGAAGGGGAUGUUUGCUAUCUACGAGAGAGCUUCAGGGCAGGCCAUCAAUUAUGAAAAAUCUAUUGUGUUCUUUAGUGCAAACACAAGUAAGGAAAUGAGAAAGAACAUCUGUACUGCACUAGGGAAUAUGAAGGAAGCGGCAAGUGGAAAAUACCUAGACCUACCUAUGCUGAUAGGUAGGUCUAAGCAACAGGUAUUUGGCUACAUCGAGCAAAAGAUGAAGGACAAGCUACAAGGAUGGAAGAGAAACCUGUUAAGUCCAGCAGGAAAAGAGACCCUUAUCAAAUCUGUGGCAAUGGCACUCCCCACCUACACCAUGUCAUGCUUCAAGAUUCCCAAAGUGAAAGGUAGAGGGGAUCUAGGAUUUAGAGACUUAGAAAAAUUCAAUGAAGCACUCCUGGCCAAGCAAAUGUGGAGAAUACUCACCAAUCCUAAUCUGCUUGUAAGUAAGGUGAUGAAGGCCAAAUAUCUAACAAAACCACAGAACUGGAGUAAAGAUCCCCCAAAAGCAGCCUCUUGGGAUAAAUGGAUACCAGGGAGUGACAAUGGAAGAUUAAAGACUGAAAGACAUCCACAAUGUACGAUCAGGAAAGCAGUUGAACUAAUCACGGAUGGAGAAUGGAACCAGGCAACUCUAAAACGUUGGUUUAUAGAGGAGGAUAUCCAAAACAUAAAGGCUAUUCCAAUAAGUACCACAGGGUGCCAAGAUAGAUUGUACUGGAGAUACACCAAAUCAGGCGUAUUCACUGUGAAAUCAGCCUAUAAUGCAGCAAUGGAAGUAAGUCAAGAGCAGCAAAGGGGAAGGAUGCAAACAAAUAUUGGAAGCACCAGCUAUGACCAACAGAGCUCAAAAAUCUGGAAGAAUGCAAGAAACAGGAAAGCUUUUGAGGCAAAAGAGGCAGAUCCCAGAAAGUUAGUACAGCAAGCUAUAGUAGAGUGGGAAGAGCAUAUAGAAGCUCAAAAAGACAUAAAUGGAGAGUCCAUUCAACAAACAACAAACUCAAGCAGUAGAGGGAAAUGGAUUCCAGCACCAAGGGGGCUGAUAAAGAUAAAUACAGAUGCUGCAUUCUCACAAAACAUGGGGAGAACAGGCAUAGGUGCUGUGGCUAGAAAUGUAGAAGGCAAACUGGUGAAAGCCUGGGCACGAGCUGCACACAAGACUAGUGAACCACAAAUGGAGGAAGCAUCAACAAUUAGGAUAGGAAUGCAAAUGGCUCAAGAAGCAAACUGGAGGGCAGUAGAAUUCCAAUCUGAUUGCAAAGAGGUGGUGGAUAUGAUAAACAAGGAAACUGGGUAG